CAGGAUUCCCAGCACGCCGCGCGCCGGCCAUGACCGGAAGGCGGAAGUACGGGGACUUCCGGCUGGCGUCCCACGCGUGCAGUGCGGUCGUGUUUCUCAGGUAAAGCAUGGCUAAAAGCUUACGGAGUAAGUGGAAAAGGAAGAUGCGCGCUGAGAAGAGAAAGAAGAAUGCCCCAAGGGAGCUCAACAGACUGAAAAGUAUUCUCAAAGUUGAUGGGGAUGCUUUAAUGAAAGAUGUUGAAGAAAUAGCGACUGUGGUGGUACCCAAACAGUGCCAGGAGAAAAUGCAGCGUGCGGUGGAGGGUGAAAAGGAUGACAUGAAAAUGGAGACUGAAAUUAAGAGAAACAGAAAGACUCUUCUAGACGAACAUGGACAGUACCCAAUAUGGAUGAACCAGAGGCAGAGAAAAAGACUGAAGGCAAAGAGAGAGAAAAAACGGGGGAAAAGCAGAGCCAAGGCAGCCAAGGGCCUGGCCUGGUAGACGGUACAGACUGGAAAGAAGGCUGGCGGUGGUGGCACACGCCUUUAAUCUCAGUACUUGGGAGGCAGAGGCAGGCGGAUCUCUGUGAGUUCAAAGCCAGCCUGCCUGGUCUAAAAAGCAGAUGCCAGGACUGGAGAAACCCUGUCUCGAAAAACCACAGAAAACAAACUGGGAAGUAUUCAUGGGACAGAAGUUCAGUUGUUAGGAUUGUCGUCACUGAUUUUAGCUCUCUGAAUGGAAGCUCUUUGUUUUCAUACUUUAGUUUGAUCUUACACCUGUAAUUCAAAACCAGAAUAAUUCAUUUGUUUUGGGAAUUUGAAUAAACUAUUUUCUGUGAUAAAAGAAAAUUGGAAGCUGCCUGAUGUUUGAGUAUUAUCAGACACCACAAUCUUGUGAGCAUUGCUGUGGUUAAAAUUAUUUGAUCUUACAAAAUGGCAGUUAUAAUCAAUGCCUCAGAUUAAACAUGCUCAUAUGAAAAAAAUUUGGACAGAAAUAUUUUAAAAUAGCAUCUCAAGGGGCUCAGCAGUUAAGACCGCACAUUGCUCUUACAGAGGACUCUUCCUUCAUGUUGAGUGGCUCAAAACCAGCUCCAGGGGGUUCCCCUCUUCUGGCCUCCACGGGCACCUGCACUCGAUGUACAAGCUCCCAACACAAUCUAACUUUAAAAGAAGUCUUGAGAAAAAGGAUGGUGGUGGAUUAUUUACUUUGUGAUUUUUUUAUAAUUCAUAAUAAAAGAUAUUUUAUGUGUA